CUAGUACCGAUACAGCGCUUCGAAGGUUGAUCAAAACAAGCACCCUUUAUCAUACGCAGGUCUCCGGGUUCAGUGUUGGAAUAUUAAAUUAUCACCACAUUCACAUAUAUAAAGAUGUUCGCCAGAUCAUUAGCAUUGAGCACUUUGAAGCCAAUCACCGGCCGUCGUUUCCUUCAGACCUCGUUGCCGACCUUGACCAACAGUUUGGCCACCGCUGGUACCCCAUCCGCCGUCUGGCCUAAGGGGUUCAGAGUCCCAAGACAGAGGACUUGGGAAGAAGACCGUGAGUCCGCCUUGGAGAAGGCCACCAAGUGGUUCUUGUUGUCUGAGAUGUUGAGGGGUAUGUACAUUACCUUGGAAAUGUUCUUCAGGGCACCAUACACCAUCUAUUACCCGUUCGAAAAAGGUCCAAUCUCCCCAAGAUUCAGAGGUGAGCAUGCUUUAAGAAGAUACCCAUCCGGCGAAGAGAGAUGUAUCGCGUGUAAGUUAUGUGAGGCCGUCUGUCCAGCCCAGGCCAUCACCAUCGAGGCCGAAGAGCGUGUCGACGGCUCCAGAAGAACCUACAAGUACGAUAUCGACAUGACCAAGUGUAUCUACUGCGGGUACUGUCAGGAAUCCUGUCCAGUCGACGCCAUUGUCGAAACCCCAAACGCAGAGUUCUCCACUGAGACCAGAGAAGAGUUGUUGUACAACAAGGAAAAGUUGUUAGCUAACGGUGACAAGUGGGAACAGGAGGUCCAAUACGCGUUGGAUGCCGAUGCUCCAUACCGUUAAACCGUCCCCUACCCCCUAUUUAAACCGCAUCCAGCGUGACUCUCACCGUUGCAUGUGCUGGAAACAUUUCCCCCCAGCACGCCUCUUUCUUUCUAGAACUCUGCUUCUAAUCAUGUGUCGUAUCCUCCCAUAUUCUCCCUGGCUCUCAAAAAUG